AUGCAUCAAAUCACACUCAGUACCGGAAAGGUCGUCGAAGAGAAAUCAGGCGCCUAUCACACCUUGAAUUACCUCCUCUCUGAAGGCGAGUUCAGUGCGUUUUGGAGCUACAUCGUCACCAUCAUCUCCAUCGCGUACCAGUCCAUGCUCCAAAGCUUCCAUGGAACUGCCGAAGACGAGGAAGACACUGCUGCUGCACUUCACGCGCAGAAGGAGAAGGACGCCACAGAUACUGACUCCAACUUGAUGUCAUCAGACUUCAGCGACACAGAAACGGAGACCAUGAGAGUGUCCACACCUUCUUCGAGCGGUAUCUCCACCCCUGCACCCACAAACUUGGAACAAAUUCUUCCCAAACCAGCAAGCGACAAACAUCCGAACCUCCGCUUUGGUCCCAUGAAGAUCAACAAGGCAGAAAAAGGACUCGACAAGAACUCAUCAAUUCCUUUCGAUGGACAGACACCGGAAAGCUACAAGCUCACUUUCAGAAUUGCUUCCCCGGACAUCGUCGUCCUCGAGAUAAUCACCUUCCCGGAGCUCAAGUUGAAGUCAUUCGUUCGCAUGGGCAAACACCAGACGUUCAAGAAGCUCAAGACCAAGAUGCGCAAAGAGCCUGCAAGCCUCUAUUGCGGUAGAUGGGAGCAUCCUAAUACCUUCAGUCUUGCUUGGAAGCAUGCUGGAGGCAAGCAUGAGAUGGAAAGAUUGACUCCAAUCUUUGACAACGAUACACCCGCAUCGAUUGGCAUGGACCAAAGCGUGCACAAGAUGAUGUGGGGGCCAUUCUCCAACAUUCCCAUCAUGUUGGACUUGACCAUGGACGAUUGAUGCGAGUGUUGGAUGAGGUGAAGAGUCAUAUCUUCAUCAUCAACAAUGACUAAAAUAGUGCGGAAAGGCACAGGAAGAACAAGACUCGCUGUUUGCGAGCUUUGCAGAAAUACAGGUCAAGAUUCUCGAUAUCAUCAACACCUUUUGUACUUGCUGUGGCC